GAAGGUUUAUCGAUGACGUCGGACGCGAAGAUUGGGCGGAAGUGACGCAGCCGUCCGAAGAUUUCCCCCACCGGAAUUUUUGGCCAGAAUAUCGUCCUUUUGUUGGUAAGGCGUCGCGGUUCGCCCGGCCAACGAGCGUCGAAUCGGACUAUGGAUGACGACGUGCUGACAACUCUGAAACUUUUGAUCAUCGGCGAAAGUGGAGUCGGGAAGUCCAGUCUCCUUCUGAGAUUCACAGAAGAUACCUUUGAUCCAGAGCAAACAGCGACAAUUGGUGUGGAUUUCAAAGUGAAGACGCUGGCCAUUGAUGGAAAUCGAGCAAAACUCGCCAUAUGGGACACAGCUGGACAAGAGCGCUUUCGAACACUGACACCCAGCUACUAUCGCGGUGCCCAGGGAGUCAUACUUGUGUAUGACGUUACAAAGCGCGACACCUUCACGAGGUUGGAGAACUGGCUGAACGAACUGGAAACGUACACGACUCGCAAUGAUAUCGUCAAAAUGCUCGUUGGGAACAAGAUCGACCGGGAUGAGCACGAAGUGGACAGAAAUGAAGGCCUGAAGUUUGCGAGAAAACACUCGAUGCUGUUUAUCGAGGCGAGCGCAAAGACCAAAGAUGGCGUCCAGUGUGCCUUUGAGGAGCUGGUGGAGAAGAUCUUGCAAACUCCGGGCCUUUGGGAAAGCGAAAGCCAGGGUCAGAGUCUGCGGCUGGGGAAGCAGGAGCAGGGCGGCGGCGGCAGAGCGUGCGGAGGAUACUGCGCCAUCCCGUGACGCAAGCCACAGCAAAUGACUGCGGUCGCUCAAGAAGCAAAAAGUAGAUAAAUCGCACCUGAGUCGGUAAGCGAGAGGGUGGACUCCUUGCACGUGACACUUGUUUUUCUUUUCCAUCAACGGAUCCGCUAAUCGUAGCGUUCGGGCCCCCGUAAGCGUUGUUAAAAAUCCGUGUUCGCCAGCUUCGGAGGAGAGAAUGUUGUGAAUGUGUGUGUUGCGACGUCGGCCGCACCUUCCCGAUUCAGCGUCGGAUCGCUUUCAUUUCACGUGCGGCCAUCGAAAGCUUUCACGCGCGCAUACAAACCAACGUUCGCGGCUUUUACUCUUCACUCCAUGGAUUAAAUUCAUUCUAAUGGCCUUAUUCGCAAAAUGAAUUGAUUGGUUUCAACGAAGGUCCUUUGUAUUGUAAAGAAUGUUUGCUAUUGUGCAAUGUGGACCGAUUGAAACGAUGACAUUCAUUUGCUUCAUUACAAAUGCUGAGAUUGCUAUUUUCCUCUUACUGAAUUAUGUUUGACUUUUUGUGUGUGUGUGUGACGCGGUCCACAUUAGUCUUCAAGGUGAUGGAAGAUCAUUCCCAAGGGCUUUCCUUUUUGUUGCACUGGCCUCAUUUGUCAACUCUUUUUCAUGCCCCCCCCCCCCCAACCUUUUUGAGGAACGUCGCCGCCGUUUCAAUCGUAUUUUGCAAAGCGAGAUUCCUGCCUUAACAAAAGGCCGACAUUCACGCUGGCGUCGCAGUGCUGUCAAGGUUGUACCGUUUCAAAGCGAAAUAAACGACAUUACGAUUUA